AUGAAGUCCUCCGAUAUCGAUCAGGAUUUAUUUACAGACAGUUACUGCAAGGUGUGCAGUGCACAGCUGAUCUCCGAGUCCCAGCGGGUGGCCCAUUAUGAGAGUCGAAAACAUGCCAGCAAAGUCCGACUAUACUACAUGCUUCACCCCAGGGAUGGUGGGUGUCCUGCCAAGAGGCUCCGAGCGGAAAAUGGGAGCGACGCUGACAUGGUGGAUAAGAAUAAGUGCUGUACACUCUGUAACAUGUCCUUUACCUCAGCCGUGGUGGCCGACUCACAUUACCAAGGCAAAAUCCAUGCCAAAAGGAUAAAACUGCUGCUAGGAGAGAAACCUCCAUUGAAAACCACAGCCGCACCACUGAGUUCACUUAAGGCCCCUCGAGUGGACACGGCCCCCGUGGUCACAUCUCCCUAUCAAAGAAGGGACUCAGACAGGUACUGUGGUCUCUGCGCAGCCUGGUUUAAUAAUCCUCUGAUGGCCCAGCAGCAUUACGACGGCAAGAAACACAAAAAGAACGCAGCACGGGUCGCCUUGCUAGAGCAGCUCGGAACGUCUCUGGAUCUGGGAGAACUCAGAGGUCUGAGACGCACUUACAGAUGUACCACCUGCAGUGUGUCGCUCAACUCCAUAGAACAGUACCAUGCACACCUGCAAGGAUCAAAGCAUCAGACCAAGUAG